UCCUAGCCAAGCUGCGGCAGGAAGAGCAUGGCAACAUGAGCAAUGCUGAGAUCAUCGGUUCUACAAAUCUUAUCAUUCUUUUGGAGGAUGAAAUCUUUGCUGAUUUUUUCAACACAUUUCUUUCUCUCCCGGUCUUUGGUCAGACACCAUUUUACAAUGUUGAGAAUUCACAGUGGACCUUGUGGCCAGACAUACCUUAUGACUUGGUUGCCAAGUACAAAGGCUUAUUGACCUGGUUGGAAAAAUACCGGUUACCUUUCUUCUGCAAAACCGACUUGUGUUUUCAUUACAUUCUCUGUCAGGAACUCAUCAGCUUUAUUAAGUCCCCAGAAGGAGCCAAGAUGAUGAGAUGGAAAAAGGCAGACCAGUGGCUUCUGGAAAAAUGCGUCGCUGGAGUCAGAGGGAUAUGGCGUUUCUACUCCUACCUCAGGGGCAGUGCAGGUGAAGAGUUGCUGGAUUUCUGGAUCCUUGCUGAGAAGAUCCUGAGCAUCGACGAGACAGACGUGAAUGUGAGAGACUACUAUCUGUCCCUCCUGUUCCUGCUCAAGGCCACUCAUCUGCAGGAAGGCUCCUCGGUGGUGACUCUCUGCAACAUGAACAUCAAGUCCCUCCUGAAUCUCUCCAUCUGGCAUCCCAACCAGUCCACCACCAGACGGGAGAUCCUAAGCCACAUGCAGAAAGUGGCUCUGUUCAAACUCCAGAGCUACUGGCUUCCCAACUUCUACACCCACGCCAAGAUAGCGAUGGCCGACGAGGGGUCAUGUCACGACCUGAUGCAGGAGUACGAGACUCGCCUGUGCAGCAUCUGCUACAAGCAUCCGGGAGGGCUCCCUCUCAACAUGAGCAUCAAGAAAUCCCACCACUCCCAAAAGAAGUACUCCAGCAGGAAGGCCAAGAGGAAGUUGUGGCAGCUGAUUAACCCUGUCUUGUGGCCUCUGGAAAUGGACCUCAAGCCAGAAGUCUCCACUAAGGCCCAAGAAGAGACGAGUCUUCCAGAAAAGGUAGUUUUAAAAAAGCCUUUUCCGGGAGUAGAUUCCUCAAAGGAGUCAAUAAUCCAUAUCCUGAACAAGGAUGCUCAGCAUGCCAAGAAACCCAUCAUUGUGAAGAAGAGAUCCAAGAUCCAGCUCCACAUGGGGGGCCUCUUUGAGACAAAGUUCUCCAACCACCUGAGGACUUCCACUCCCAUCAUUAAUCACACUACCCCACUGGCAGUCAAGAAGUCCCUCAAGCGAGGCCUCCCUUUUGGGUACACUCAUUGGGCCCUGUGUGCUGACGCCUGCGCAGGGGGUCCCUUCCGCUAUCACCUGAAGAAGCUGAACUUGAAGGUGGAGGUGCAACUGCUGGACCUUUGGCAGGACCUGCAGCAUUUCCUCAGUGUCCUGAUGAAUAACAGGAGGAGUGGGAAAGCGCUCUUCCGCCACAUGCUGGGGAACAGAAUCUGUGAGCUCUACCUGAACGAGCGGAUUGGGCCACCUUUACCACUCAAACCGCAGACCAUUCAGGGCCUGAAGAAGCUCCUGCCUUCUGGGGAUGUGAAUCCCUGGAUCCCCAAAGCCCAGAAAGAGAUCUGCAAGGUGCUCAGUGUCUGGUAUGAUGAAUUCCUGAACGAAGAGGACUACUGGUUUCUCAUUUUCACAACUCAAGCACGCUUCAUCAAAGCCCGGUGGUAUAAAAGAGAAGCCACAAGCAAAGAGGAGAACAUUCUUCUGUAUAAAAGGAUUCAGGAGUCUCUGAAGUUAAGCCAGGGUUUGGCUAACAUGCAGGAAAUGGAGUCUAUGCAAUGGGAAAAAGUGGCCACUGAGAACCUGAAGCAGGGAGGCUCUAUCCGGGUAGAACUGACGACAUCUCCAGUGUUCUUACAAGAUGUGAACAAGAUGACCUUUGAGGAGCUCUCCUAUAAGAAUCCAAAGUUGGCCAUAGAGAAGAUCAGUGAAGACUUUAAAAUAUACUGUGAAAAGGCACCUGCAAAAGGUUACACAGUAGAAAUUGUCAAGCAGCCAAGACACACACCUUCACAAAGGAAAACAUCCUUUGUUAGAAAAGCUGUCAUAAGGAAGCCUUCCAUGAGACCAAGGAACAUAACAGAAGUCCUCCUAAAUUCUCCACACCUGGAUUACUUCCGGGAGUUCCUCAGGGUUCGGAAGGCUGAAACUCCAUUGCAAUUCCUGGUAGCCAUCCAGAAGAUCAUGAUGGAGACGAAUGAAAAGACCUAUAAGAGUGCUUUGGAAAAUAUAACCAAGACUUACUUCCACGGCAAGGUCCCUCCUGAAGAAAUACUGCAGUGCGAUGCUCCUCUUAUGAAAGAAAUUGUUCACAUGCGUAACAUCACCACCACCACACUGCUGAUGCUCCAGGGCUACGUCAUGAAAUCUCUGGAAGAAAAGUGGUUUAGAGAGUACCAAGAAAUGUUCCCGCCGCGUCCUUUGGAGUUGGAAAGUGAAACACACUCUCCCCCUAGGAAGCCCUCCAAGUCAACGAUCCACCUGCAGGAUUCCCAGAAGAAAGGAUGGAUAAAAAUGAUCGGCUUCAUCAGAAGCUUUUGCAGCUACCGCAGAUUCAUGAAAAAUCCCAAGAAACGCCUGCAGCUUCUAGAUUUUAUCCGCCUGGAAAUGUACAACACCAAGGAGAAUUUCUCUGCAUCACCCACCACCAUAUCCAUACGUCACACCCCUGUGUCCCCUGGAGCCCGGAGCACAGACCAGGAGAACGGAGAAACAGUCCUUAUAAAACGCCGGAUAUUUGGACACAGAGUUAUCACUAUCAAUUUUGCCAUUAAUGAUCUAUAUUUCCUUUCUGAAAUGGAGAAAUUCAACGACCUGGUGAGUUCAGCUCACGUGCUGCAGAUCAACAGAGCGUACAAUGAGAAUGACAUCGUCCUGAUGCGCUCCAAACUUAACAUUAUUCUAAAGCUUUUCCUGGUUUCUGAUGUCCCUCCAAAGCUGAGGGUGAACAUCUCUGAGUCUCAGAAGGACAUCAUCUUUGCUGCCAUUACAGAAGGCCACCUAGACCGGACCAUCUUCCAUGGGGCUAUCAUAUCCAUCUUUCCUGUCGUCAUGUACUUCUGGAAAAGGUUUUGUAACUGGCGGGCAACCCGCUCUUAUAUCGAGUACAUGGGGAAGAAAUUUAAGGAUGGAAGAACCCCUCCCAAGACUACAUACAAGUACCCACCAUGGAGCGGCGGUGACCAUGCUGUCUUAAGGUUCACCUUGCUCAGAGGUAUUGAAUGGUUUCGACCUCAACAGGCAGUGACAAAUUCAAUCCAAAACUCUUCAUCUAGCAACCUCACCCAGCCAAGCCGACGAGCCAUCUCUUCUCUGCAGUUGGGUCCUUCUGCCCUGAGACCAAAACUGUCCUACAUCAAAAAAGAAAAAGCAAUCAAGUCAGGCCCAGAACAGAAGCAAAUCAUUUCUCAGCAGCCUUCAAAUACUGACAGAUCCCUUUUGGGUCAGAAAUGAAAUGUCCUGACACCAUCUGCAAAGAUCAAGUAGGAGAAUGAAUGGGGCAGCCCAGACACAGCAAGACCAGACUGAGAUGGGAAGUUCAUACAGCCCAUUCAGAUUGAGGAGUGACCAAAAGAGACAGGGAGAAGAAAGGCAAGAGAGACCACAGGAUACACCUCCACCUCCAGGGAAGACUUUGCAGGUGUGCGCAUCGCGGGGCGACAGGAGGGGUGUGAUGACGUGUGUCUCUCGUUUCCUCAACCAGGGGGAGUGGCUUGUGUGUACAGCACCGUGGGGUGCCAGCCCUCACCCUGACACAGUAAUCAGGGUUGUUGGUCAUUAGCCAGAAUAAAGAAUACACCGUAUUUACUAUCUUA